AUUUCUAAUAAAUAAAUAUACUACUCGUAGUACUCGCAGUAGUAGAAUGUCAUCAAUUAAAUCCAUAAAAGCACGUCAAAUUUUUGACUCUCGUGGUAAUCCUACUGUAGAGGUUGAUAUUGUCACAGAUGAUGGACUCUUUAGAGCUGAGGUACCAUCAGGUGCCUCUACUGGUAUUCAUGAAGCUCUAGAACUUAGAGAUAAUGAUAAAACUAAAUAUCAUGGAAAGUCUGUUUUUAAAGCUAUAAAUAAUAUUAAUAAUAUUAUUGGACCAGAGUUAAUAAAGUCAAACUUGGAUGUUACUUCACAAACUGAUAUUGAUAACUUGCUUUUAAAACUUGAUGGUACACCAAACAAAUCAAAUCUUGGUGCAAAUGCAAUUCUGGGUGUUUCCUUGGCAGUUUGUAAAGCAGGAGCAGCAAAAAAAAAAUUGCCAUUGUAUAGAUAUAUUGCAGAUUUGGCAGGAAAUACCAAUAUUAUUUUACCAGUUCCAGCUUUUAAUGUUAUCAAUGGUGGUUCGCAUGCUGGAAACAAAUUAGCAAUGCAAGAAUUCAUGAUUCUACCUACAGGUGCUUCUAGUUUCUCAGAAGCUAUGAAAAUGGGUACUGAAAUUUAUCACCAUUUGAAAUCUGGUAUUAAAUCAAAGUUUGGUCUUGAUGCUACUGCUGUUGGUGAUGAAGGUGGUUUUGCUCCAAAUAUUUUGGAUAACAGGGAAGCUUUAAAUUUGAUUAUGGAUUCUAUCAAAAUUGCUGGAUAUGAUGGAAAAGUCAAAAUUGGUAUGGAUGUUGCUGCAUCAGAAUUUUACAAAGAUGGAAAAUAUGAUUUAGAUUUUAAAAAUGAAAAAUCUGAUCCAAGCACAUAUUUGGAUUCAGAAUCCUUAAAGAAUUUAUAUCUACAAUUUAUUAAAGAAUUUCCAGUUGUAUCAAUUGAAGAUCCAUUUGAUCAAGAUGAUUGGAAUUCAUGGACAAAAUUGACAUCUUCUACUGAUAUUCAAAUUGUGGGUGAUGACCUUACUGUCACUAAUCCUACUAGGAUUAAAAUGGCUAUUGAAAAAAAAGCUUGCAAUUGUUUGUUAUUGAAAGUUAAUCAAAUAGGUACUGUCACAGAAUCAAUCAGUGCUCAUAAACUUGCUAAGAGUGCUGGAUGGGGCACAAUGGUUUCUCAUCGUUCAGGAGAAACAGAAGAUACGUUUAUUGCUGAUUUAGUUGUUGGUUUAUCGACUGGCCAAAUUAAAACGGGUGCGCCUUGCCGUUCAGAACGUUUGGCAAAGUACAAUCAAAUUCUUCGUAUUGAAGAAGAAUUAGGUCCAUCUGCCAAAUAUGCAGAUAAAUUCCGUAAUCCUCAGGCUUAAGAUAUAUUAUAUCUUUUUAUCAAUGAAGUUUUAGUUGUUAUAUUUACUGCAAAAUAAGUUGAAUAUACACUUUUAUAAUUAUUAA